AUGCCUCAAAGCACCAGCUCAACCCUAAGCACAGUUCGAUAUAGCGAAAAGUCUGUGAAAUCGCAAUUUGCACCGCCAGAGAUGAGCGGCUUGAAUAUGAGAAACGCGACGCAAGCAGUACUUGAUGAUCAGCAUAAUGAAGCAAUACGCAAUAAUGACAAAGAGAACGAAGUAAGCGAACAGACAGAGUGUUUCGAAAAAGACGAUGGGCUGUACGCCAAGGACGAGUACUUGGAUCCACCACCGGACGGCGGUUACGGCUGGGUGUGCUGCGUGUGCGUUGCGAUGAUGAACUUUGCCACUUGGGGCCCCAACACCUGUUACGGGAUAUUCCUAUCAUAUUUUCUGUCGUCCAACUACUUCCCAGGGGCAACGCCGACAGAUUUCGCUAUCAUUGGAGGCAUUGUGAUUUGUCUCACUUUGAUGAUCUUACCGGCAGUUUCUGCGUGCAUGAGCAUAUUCGGCUAUAAGCCCACUCUUGCAUUCGCAAUUGUCCUAGAAGUGGUUGCAUUUGUUUCGAGCUCGUUUGCUCGCUCUGUAGGCGUACUAUAUGUCACCUACGGUGUACUACUUGGUAUUUCCUUCGGAAUUAUAUUCGGCUCUAACACCAUAGUUAUACCUAGCUGGUUUUUGAAAAAGAGAGCUCUCGCGAACGGGCUCGGUCAUGUAGGCGUUGGUCUUGGCGGCUUAGUUUUUUCUUUCGCGGUACACGCCAUGAUCGAACGCACUGGAGACCACAGAUGGGCCAUGCGCAUGUUGGCAGCAUGCACAUUCUUGAUUAAUGCGGUGUCUAUGUGCUUUAUCAAAGUACGGGAGCCUGCUAGCGGCCAACAAGAGAAGAAAAGCGCCAUGGAAAUCCUGAAGAAGUCGUUUGAUAAAUCAGUUCUUAAGAUUACACCACUACAUUACUGUGCGCUUUGGUCAUCUUUUUGCACAAUUGGAUAUGUGAUCCUGAUGUUUUCUAUCGCAAACUACGCCACAUCUAUUGGUAUGACUGCACAGCAAGCGACGGUUGCUCUGGCAGUAUUCAAUGGAUCGCAAGCGAUAGGAAGACCCUUCAUGGGCUGGUUUGCUGAAGUGAUUGGACGGAGCAACGCCACAAUCAUUAUUAUGGCUUAUGAUUUAGUACUUCUUUUACCUUACUGGUUUACAAUCACUAAAUUCAGUGAAUUGGUACCGUUUUGCUUCUUGCUUGGCUUUGGUGCUGGCGUAGGGUCUGUUAACAUUGUACCGCUGGUAUCUGACGUCGUAGGCAUACAAAAAUUUCCGGCUGGUAUUGGGUACGGUAUGUUCGGCAACGGUAUUGGUGCGCUUUUCGCAGAAGUCGUCGCGCUACGAUUGAGAAGUCCGUCAUCCCCCAGACCCUACUUGCGCUGUCAAAUCUUUGUUGUCUGUAUGUUUUUCGCAGGUCUUCUGUGCCUGUUCCCAUACCGAGAAUUGAAGAUGAGGAGAAUUCUCACCGCGAAGUCUAAUAACACAAAUAUCGAAGAGGGGUUAAGAAACCACUACAAAGACUUAAUGCGGCCUACAUGGAGCAACUACAUUAGGCGAAUGUUUUUGAUUGCCGAGGCCUAA